AUGUCCCACGAUUCGUCACCGAGGAAGAGAGCGAGCCCUGUUGACGGAGAUCUUGCCAGCGCCUUGGCUACACCGCUUCGCCCAGCAUCACCAGCAUCAAUAACAGUUGGUGACGAGGACGACGGCGACAAGAUUAAUGAGAAUGGCGAUCAGCAGGGCGAAGUCGACGCCUACACUGGAACCAAUUUCUCGACUGUCGGCCUUUCUGGGCCGCCCAUCUCGUGGAAGCGGAAGGCUGAAUAUGGAGAUCCCCUGCAGUCGGACCUUGUUCUGAUACCUAUCUACGAAAAUGAUCACUGGUACCUCUUGGUCAUGUAUAAGUCGGACACUGGAGAUAGGGCCCAAAAGGAUCGAGUAGUCUGUUUUCUCGACCCUUUAGAGUCAACCUCACGGUCCUAUGAACGUACUUUUACAUAUUGGACCUGGUACCUCAGCGAUCUCGGUUAUCAAGGAGUUGUGCACCGAAAACAGAUCACGGUUCCCCAACAGCUCAACGUUGUCGACUGCGGAGUCUUCAGCAUUGCAUUCGCCUACCAGAUUGCUGAGAAUCGUCAGAGGUUUGUCAAUGCUGUCGAGAGCGGGACAGGUCUAGACUGGAUCAUCGACGCACCUAAGUGGCGUAUAUAUAUACGGUCUGAGCUAGAGCCCACCGACGACGCCAGUUCCGCUACUCUAGAUUACAAAUCUAAAAAUACCAGGGAUGGCAAUGACGAUGCCCGCAUAGAGGUGGUUUCGGCCUGUCAUGCCUUAAAGGCUCUGCCGAAAGCUUCGAAGCAAGCCCUGCCGUUAGCGACAAUUGCGUCUUCCGUGGACGCCGCUGUGGAUCCAUACCUCGCGAUGGGCCAUAACAUGACUAUGGCCAGUGUGCUUGCUGCAUCAUCCCCGCCUGAAUCACCAUCAUUGCUAAAGGGCGGCGUAACCAUUGACUUGUAA